UAUAUUUCUCUUUCUAAACCGCGGGAGCAAGUAAGCGCGCACUAUAGCUCAACGACCGGCAAACGACGAAGCGACUCUAACACGAUCGAUUCGAUGUUGCCGAUUCGUGCAUUCCGAGUCCCUCGCUCGUUGUAAGCGCACUUGUCGCGAUGGUGUUCAGCGAAAAACUAGAUAUCAAACUUAUAAAACUUGUGAAAAGCAAUCCUGUGCUGUACAAUACUAAUGAUGCCCGGUAUAUGGAUUUAAAUGCCAGGGAGGUGACCUGGCAGAAGAUAGGAGACGAACUAAAGCGGCCUGCCGCAGAUUGUAAAGUAAGGUGGAUACACAUAAGAGAUGUACAUAGACGUAUAUUGAAGAAGUACUUAAAUAAUUCUGGACAAAAACAAAAGCCCUAUAAAUAUGAAUCCGCGCUAACGUUUAUGAGGCAUUACUACAAAGAUAUGUCGUUACCGCAAGAAGAAUUUGAAUCAGAUGAUAACAAUGAUAAUGACGACCAAGUAGAAAAGGAUGGCAGCGAUGAAGCCACAACAGACAGUGAUGUAUCAACCAAGCCUGUUAAAAAGAAACAAGCGAAAAAAGCAAAACCAAAUAAGAAAAAAAAGAAAAUUAAUGUAAAAACGGAAUUAAAUAGCCCACAGCCAUCAAGCUUAGACAAUGUAGGAGAACCCGAGCUAGAUCCUAGAGACCCAAUCGAUGCAUUUCUGCUGAGCAUCGGAGCGACAUUGAAGUCUUUCACGCCGUAUCACCUGAAUCUAGCAAAGAGCAAAAUAUUCUCCGUCGUACAAGAACAUGAGCUGCAGCAGAUCGUACAGCACGAGCGACCUGACGCCCAAACAUGUGAUGUCAAAGUAUUAUCUACAUCCAGCCAGAACCACACUGUAUACUUAAACAAUUGUUAACAUAAAAUUUAAAUAAGACUGUAUCAGACUGUAAUAAUAAAUAUGAUAAGAAUA